ACACACGAGAGCUUCAGAGUUUAUUUAUUUUAUGUUAUUAUUGUUUUUUCUUUUUUUACCGGCCGUGUCGUAGGUACACGCCGCGCGUAUCGCCCGUAAAAAUAUGUUUACGUCGACCAUGUGAGCCAGUGCCGAUUCCGGUUUUUCGCCCGUAAACCGACCGCCGAUUUCCGCCGUGUUCGACGCAAUAUUUCCGGGUUACGAUUUUUCGGACAAGCCGCGAAAGUGGCUCUCUCGGUGACGGCCGCUUCGUCGGCGGCAUCAGCCGUGUUCUCCGAGAGCUCGGGCGACCUGCUCCCGGAGCUCAACAGCGCCGACCUAGCGAUGUCUCUGAGCCCCAAACCCCAUCACCACCAUCAUCACAACCAUCACGCAGCGCACACCACACCGUUUUCCGUCACCGACAUACUCAGCCCGAUCGAGGAGUACCGCAAGCUCGAGCUCUGCGGCUCGCCGUCACCGUAUCACAGGUCCAGCACGGCCGGCAGUACCGGCGGAAGCGCGUCCGGAAGUCCCGGAGCGAUGUCCGGCGGUGGAGGUAACAAUAACGGGCCCGGAGUGGCCCCGGCCGCCGCCAGUUGGCACGUGCAUCCACAAUUUCCGGCACCGCCGCCGCCGCCACCUCAAUACUGUCAGCCCGACAUGGUCUCGUCGUACGGAAAUUCGGCCACGUGGUACGGAACACCGGCCAACGACCCGCGAUUUGCAAGUAGGUUAAUAUUAUUAUAGUUAUUAUUAUUAGGUAUAUUAAAAUAUAUUAGGUAAACAAAAGGGAGAGAUAUUUUAUUAAACUUUAACCGACCAGUUAGAUCAGUUAGAUUGGUGUAUUUUGCAAAUAUAAUUUCUAAUAUUCGUCGAUUAAACGUAUGCAUGAUAAUUUCAAAAUUAAAUUUAAAACAUAUCCCACAAAAGCGUCUGAAUAAAAAUGAAAAUAAUGAAAAUACGUCAAUGAAAUAAAUUGAUAACCCAAAUUAUUAAUAUCAUCAUUUGAUACUCGAUACAUUUUUUUAUAAUAUACAAGUAUGAUAAAUUAAAGAAAUAUAUGAUACAAGUCAAAUUAUUUCAACUAUUAUUAAAUAUCUUCAAAUAAUAAUGCUUUUUAUUUUAUUGCUCAAAAAAAAAAAAAAAAACCACGAAUAUUCAGACAAUAUUUUGUUGACAUAAUGUAAUAUAGUAGUCAAGUAUUUUAAUUUAUUCACAAAAAAACGUACUAUAAUUAUCUAUUAUAAUGCCCGAGAUAGAAUAUUUGUUGUACACAAUAUGUAUACCCACUACCAAUAUUAUAAUAAACAUUAAAUUAAUUUAUACACAUGUUUUCGGUUGAUUAAAGUUCUAUUUAAGAAUAAAACAAAAACACAAUCUGUGUAGGUUGGAAUGGAGGUUUUGAAGGUUUUUUUGAAAAGUUUAUUUUUAUAGAAGUCCUGUGAUAGCACAGUCGAAAUUUUUUGAACAAAUUGUUGUAAUUUCUCGUCUAUAUAAUAUAGUAUAUAAAAAUGAUACAGAAGUUCUAUUAUGUUUAGUAAUAUAAAGAAAAAAAAAAUAAAAAAUAAAAGUAGAUUCGAUAAUUAUUAUUAUGAUGAAUGUCAUACAUACAUUCUGAUAACAUCCCCUCUGAAUAUAUCAUUGCAGUGCAAGAUUUAUAAAACCAACAUAAUUAUUAAUAUAUUUGUGCAGCUUAUUAGUACUAAAAUUUACAAUAUAAUAAAUCCACGUAUGACAAUAAUUUCUUUCUCGAUCGAAAAUUACUUAAUAAUUUAAUAAAUUAUCUAUUAUAUCUUACAGAAUUUGUUGUAACAUAUACAUUAUAAUUGAUAUAGGUUGAACUCAUCAUGUACUCAUAUAGUACAAAAUUUUUAUCGUUUCAAAAAAAAAAAUCGUUUAAAAAAAUAUAUGUACGUUUCGAUUUUAAAUUAGACUUAUUGCAAUGAUAAUAUAAUAUUAUUAUCGUUAAUCGGAGGAUGUUUACGUUUUUUUUCACACAAACGUACCCAGGCGACCGUAAAAUACGCACGGAGGGUGUGCAUUCAGGGUGUCAUAUUGGAUUAGACGGGAGCCGUUUAUCGGAGCCGAACCCCCUUUUCUACCAAACGUUUGCCGCGGGAUAUACACACUAUCUCUAACCGGUUAUUACAACAGUCGUUAUAAUGUCAUUAUCCCUUUAUUUUUUCAUGUUUUUUUUUUUUCAAAGAUAUAUAAGAACAGCCCCAUCGGCCGCGAUUGAUGGUCCCGCAGAACUUUUUAUGUGGGCGGUACUAUGGUAGUAAAAAAAAAUAUUAUAUACAUACAAAAUAAUAAACUUUUCAAACGUGUUACAUUUACAUUUAAAAUCCCCGAGCAAUUUACGGUUAAAACGAGUUACGCUAAACCGAUAUCCAUAAUGAAAUAUUUUUGUAUAGAUUCGACGAGCGGAGUGCGAGAGAUAAAAAAGGUGUUUAAAGAAAAAUGUUUGAAAAGAAAACCUCAAGCUUGGCGUGAUAUCUACAUGUUUUGUGUCCAGUUUUACAAAUGUGCAACAUUGCAAAUUUACGUUCAAUAUGAACCUAUUAUUAAACUUAAAUAUUAGAACAUUAUCCGUGCAACGUUCAUGGUUUUUUCGAUACAUACAUUUUUAAGAGAGAUGGCUAUGUGAAAUAUUACAAUUUAAUAAUAAUGCUUAUAUCUCGCUUGAAAAUUUAAAUAUUGAAAAAAAUAGCGCCAGGUGCAUUGUACGGAUAAUGUUUUUAUUCUCAAGUUGGAUAAUCGAUCAAUUCACUAUAAUAUUAAAACUCAACACACAGUUGUGCCUAUUGAACGUAAAUUUACUAUAUCGUAAAUUUGUAAGACGGAGACAGAACAUGCGGGUAGGUAUCACGUCUUUAUUUUAAACAUUUUGAAUAAACAUUAUCUUUCAUUUCCAAUUAAAAAUUUAAUCACUUACGUGGUUAAAAUGAGUUUUUUCUUUCUUAUAUUUGAGAGUAAAUCUAUACUUUUAUUAUUAAAAAAUGUUUGUUGAAUUUAUCAAAUUUCUAUUUUUAUUUAAUAAAGUUUUUUUUAUAUAGAAAUCUAAAACAGAAACUGUUUAUUUUAUAUUAUACAAUCGAAUAAUAAAGAAACAUUGUAAUAAAAAAUAAAAAAUUGUUCACAACAAACAAAUUAACAUUUUCCUACAGCAGUCCCCUAAUACAUGUUUGUUAUAAUUAUUAUAUCCGAUUUCCCGUUGUUGCCUAAUUCACUUUCAGAUUUAAAAUUAUACCUUGUUGGGUGUUCACAUUUAUUAAUUUAUCACGUUUUUACGACGACAUAAUUUAUUGUUAUAUUGUAGCUACAUCUAUUAUAAUAUAAAUAUAUUUCAAUCUCAGUAGAUAGUGUUAAUGUGUUGUAUAAAGAUACAUUUUAAAAUAUCUAGAUACAGAUAAGGGAUAAUAUAUAGAUACAUAACAACUCAAACAAUACAAUGAAAUUAAAUAUCUAGACGAAGAUUAAUAAUCAGAGAUUUUUUAAUUAAAGAUAGAUUUGUUCAUUAUCAAUUUAUAAAACAAAUGUUAAAAUUACAAAAGUGUAUCAGAUUUAAUACUUAUUAAAUAAUUUUUUGGUUGUGAGGUUGACGUAACUUAAUAAUUUAUUUAUUAAAUCAUCAUACUCUGAUUAACAUUAAUUGAACAGUACACCUAUUAUUUAUAAUAAAUGUAUGAAUUAUGAUUUAAAAAGAUUCAUUUAGAUUUCUAGACAUACGAAUCAAUUGUUUAUCUCAGAUAACUUAUAUGUCAUUUAUCUAGAUAAAACGAAAAACUGUUUGUAUAUGAUAUAAAACGUAAAUUUAACUAAAUCAAUUAUACCGCGUGUGUUUUUAUUAUUGUUUUCAUAGAAUAUAAUGAAUUAUUUUUGAUAAUAAUAAUCGAUAAUAAUCGUCUUCUAUUUUAAUCGCGUUGGGUGCUUUAUAAUGAUAUUAUUUUAUCGUGUAAGACGCGAUAGAAUAUUUUAUUCCGUAAUAUUAAAUAUAUAAUACCUACGCAUAUACCGAGGCUAAAUCAAACGUCUUCUGAAAUAAUACGCUAUGAUGAUGACCUCCAUAUCAUAUCAUAUAUACGAGCAAUAAUAAGUUCUGUACGUGUAUAUAGUCAAAAUACUAUAAUAUAUACCAAGUCUGUUGGACGUUACCAAGCAUAUUUUUCGUGUAUGUGUGAUGUUUGUUCCUGCUGCAAUGUCCAUUAUUUAUACUAUUUUAUUAUGAAUGGGCUGUAUACCUAUAUGCCUACCUAUAUACCGAUAUAUAAGUACGAUAUACGGACGUUAUUGUACAUCUCGUUUAUUCCGUCCGACAUUAAAAUAAUAUUUGUCACCCUGUAUAAAGCUUGUGCUGCGGUGUUUGUUUAAGAAAUAUUUCCAAGGCCCGGGCUUCAAUGCGCGUACAUAAUAAUAAUAAUAAUAAUAAUAAUAAUAAUAAUAAUAUAAUAUAUAGCUACCGCGAUGUUUGGCAAAUACAAAUACGGCGACCGAAACGAAUUCCAUUCGGGAGGAGAAAGAGAGAGGCAUCGUAUUAUAGAACGGCGGGCGAGAGUACGGCGGGCAGGUAUAUACAUACAGAAAAAGACUCAUUAAAAUUUUCGUUGCUUCGAAAACUUAGAAAAACAUUGACGCGGUUUUGGUUUUGACAAACAGGUAAAAAAAAAAAAAAAAAAAAAUAAAAUAAAAUAUACGUCGACGUUUUCCGACGACGACGACGGCCGCGACCGAGAUGCCCCUGACAAUGCGUUUGUUAUUGGUUUAUUAUUAUUCAAUCGGUACAAACGACGAACCCUCUCUCCCUAGUCGGCCCACAGCCGUCGGAUAGCAAUCAAGCUAUCAAAAUAUUAUCUUUUCUACCGGGGUUUUUUUUUUUUUUUUCCGCUCUCUCGGUCUUUCGGACGGGGGACACCCACGAUGCGCGGUGACGCAGGAUAUUAUUAUUAUGUUAAAAGAUCACUGCAUCGGGACAGGUAGCUUCUCUACAACAAUGAUAAUAAUGCCCGUUUUUAAAGGAACCUUUCGACGUUCACCACACACACAUUUAUAUAUAUAUGUAUAUAUAUAUAAUGGCGUUUCUUCCGAUUUGUUAUCCAGAUAUAAUUUUCAUUCAUUCGAAAAUCGGUGGCAAUGCGCGUAUACGUACCAUAUAUAUACAUAAUACGAAACGCCCACUCGAUAUAAUAUAAUAAUAAUAAUAUGGAAAAAAAAAGAAAAAGGUGUCGGAUGAGUCAAUCGCGGAUAAAAUGCCCAAUACCCGACCGGAUAUCCUUAUUUUUAUACGGCCGUCUUAUGCGAUACGGUUUUUUAUACGCGCUUAUCGUAUAUAAUAUCGUAUACAUUAUUAUAGGUUUUCAAUAUACCCGAACGGUUGUUAACGCGUUGUCCCUCUUUUGUGAUGUAUACAAUAUAUUUUAAUAUCAUACGCCACGUUGCCGAGCCGUUGAAAAAGGAAAUGCGGAAUUAUUGAUGUGGGCCAUAAUAAUAUUAUUAUUAUUAUUAUAUAUAUAUAUAUAUAUAUAUAUAUAUAUAUAUAUAUACAUAUACACACGGAGGGGCGGCCAUUAAAAUAAAUUGUGUUCGUCAAGGUCUGUCAAACCCGACCAUGUUUUUUAUUUAUUAUUAUUAUUUUUAUACAUAAAACAUCGAAUGGAACUCGUUAGAUAUAAUAUAGGUAGUUGUACCUACUUUUUUUUUUAUUAUUAUUAUGUUUUAGUUUCUCGUACUUAGGUUUAUGUGCAGCGUAUAGCGUAUAGUAUUGGAAUCGCGGCCUAAACAUAACGUGAGAAUUUGUUGCUUGAGAAUAUUUUUUUAUAAUAUAGCAUUUUAUUUGUUCCGAACUUAAAACGGCAGUAUAGGAUAUAUAUCAAUGUACCCACAUAAGUUUUCGAAACAAUUAGUGGAUGCGUAUUAGUUAAAUUCAAAUAAACAAUAUUAAAUUAUUGCAGGAAGAGAAAAAAAAAAACGUUUUUUUUGCAAACAAAAUUUUACAUGCCGUAAAAAAUAAAUCUAUUUACAACAUAAGAUGAUUAAAUUUAUCAACUUUUGAGCUAUAAAGAAAAAAUAAUUAAUACCUUAAUACUAAUUAAAAAUUAAAGUUUUAAAUGAUGUUUUAAUUAAACGUAAUUUAUAAACAAUGUGAAAUUUAAUUAAAAAAUUACUAAUACAAGUAAAAAAAGACGAACAUAUAAUAGUUCGCUCAACGCGCGGGUGAACCUCUGUUGUAGGCGGAAAGUUAUAGUAAGGUAGAAUGCAUAAAGUUAUCUAGUUUAUAUAUUGUAAACAGUUAUAAACUAUUGCUAAAGAAAAACGAUUCGGAGCGAAGGUCGGCUAUACAUGUUUUAAAAGGCCGUAUUUAUGAUUUUCAUAAAAAUUUGAUAUUAAAGUUCUUAUAAAAAAAAAAUAUAUAUAUAUAUAUAUGAUAAACUCAAGUUUUUUUUUGAAAAGUACGGUUUAUAAUGAGCUUCCUCUUAAAUUUGCAUGCUUUUCUGUUUAGUCAAAUAAUUUUAUACACAGUGUACCUACCUACCAAAUAAAAACUAGCAAAAUAAAAAUGUCUAAAAAUAGCUCAGAAAUUAUAAAAAUAAAUAAAUGUUUUAAAAAUUUCAUCAAGUCUAGAAAAGACAAAUAUAAUUUUUUUGUUCAAAUUUAAUUUCUCCACAAAUAUUUUCAAUUGAAUUAUAAAAAAAAAAAAUUCAACAUAAUAUAUUUUGUAAAAUUUCUCGAUUUUUUCAAUUAUUAUGAAUACUGCUAGGAUAAUCAAAAAAUGCCCUCCCUAGAGUACCGACUAAAUAUGAUUUCAAUUCAGAAAAUUUGCUACACUUGAUACAUCGGAGCAAGAAUUCUGGUAGAAAAGUGGUUCACAGAAAAAAAAAAUGAACAAUAAAUAAACGUCAUUGUAAAACGAAUGCAUUUCUCGCUACGCUCCGAAUCUAAAAUUUGAACAAUAACAUAUUAUAAUUAGGUAUUUAAAUAUUAAACAGUUUAAUAUAAAAUGAUUUUUCAGAUAACGUUUUCUAUGAAUGUAAAAAUAAAAAUCAAUAGUAACCACCAUAGAUUAAUUUCAAUAUAUUUACAAGUCCCAGCACAUUUUUGGUACUUAGUAAAAAUAGUUAUAUUUUAAACUUGGAGGUGUCGACCCUGGGCCAGAUUAAACUUAAAGGGGACCGGGUCCACCCAGAUCACCCUUGGCUACGUUCAUUACAUAUGUACGAGUAUAAUGUAUAGAUAUUGUGGGUUAUCUAAUUCAAUGUUACCAUGUUAAAAUAUUACGAUCAAACAAAUUGAAAGUGGUUAACGAGAAAAAACAUAGUUAUGCGUGAAAUAGGUUUAUUAUAUAUAUUUUGAGCUUUUUAACUGUUCUUCAAAGUUUAAGUAUUGCUUAUAAAUCCCAAUAGUAAACAUAUCUUUAAGCAUUGAAACUUUAGAACGAUAAUCUGACAAGUAUAUACAACCCGUAUAAUAACAAUAAAUUUAAACACUCUCUUAAGUAUACUCGAGUACAUAAUAGUGUAUAUGUAUAUUCAUUUAUUAUAGUAUGGAUCAGUUAUUGUAAUGUAACUUAUGUAUAAUAUUAUAUAUUUCUAAAAUAAAUUGUACACUUUAAUUUUUAUUGAUUUAUCCGUGAAAAUUAUUUUAAGUUACCUUUGCAAAAAUUUGAAAUAAUUAAUUAAAUAAUCUACAUAAUGCGUAAUAUAAUAUACUAUUUUAAAAAUAUAUUAUAAUUAUAAUUACUUAAGUAUAACUUCGAUUAAAUGUUAAAUUAUUUUUUCGAUAUUUUGAUAUUCAAUGCUAAUACCUAUAUAAUGAUGCACACGUUUUACGAUUAUAAUUAGUAUUUCUAUUAUGUUUGAUGGUAAUUUUUAAAUAUUUCGAUUUAAAUGUAUAAUCUAUUACCUAUUUACGAACAGAAAUAAAAACUUAGUAUAUUGCGAUUUUGUACAUUUUGCUCAUGAUAAGGCCACUAUUGUAGGUAGGAAGUUGAGUAGGUAAAAUAUAUAAAGUAAUUUAAUAUAUAUUCGUACGCAAUAAUAAAUUAUUGCACGCGAAAAACAAUUCUGAGCAAAGUUCGGUUAAUCAUGUUUUGAUAAAAACUUAAAUUGAUAAUUGUAUUUAUUUAUAAUAAUGGUUUUAAUCAUAAUAAUUAUUGAUUGUCUUUUACUUUCGUCUCGAAUUAUUUUUGAGAAUUUUUAUAGAACCGUCACGUUUACGGUUUACGUCGAAAUUUGAACUCACUAUAAUAAAAACAAUUUUCUCUACGGAUUUUCGAUAUUUUUAUAUUGUCAUUAGAUCUCGUAUCAAAUUUUCGAGCAUUUUUGAGAAACCGACAAUUUGACAAUCAUUUCAUAUGACAAUAAAUAGCUCAAAAAUUUCAAAAAUAUUUUGCAAAUUGUAUCACGUCUAGUAUAAGCCAUAGGCUAAUAUAAGUAUUCAAUGGAAAUUGAAGAUUUCUAUGAUUAAUUCUAUCUGGAAUUACCAAAAAAAAAAAAAUAUAUAUAUAUAUAUGUAUAAACAAAAACUGCAGAAUCCGGUCGUUAUUGCAUACUUAAAUAAUAUUCCUAGUAUAUGGACGAUGUUUUCCAAUUAUUAAGAUAACUACAAGGAAUAUGAAAAAAAACCCUCAUUAAUUCACCAACUAAAUAAAAGUUUUACCAGAAACUUAUCCUUAUGUUGAUGAUUGGGCAAGAAAGAAAAGUAAAAAGAAGUAGAAGUAGAAAAGUUGUUUUUAAACAGAAAAAAACAAACAUUACAGUAAAACUAAUAACUACAUUACUCGCUACGCACAGAAUCUAAAAUGAAAUAAUAUCGUAUGCUGUCUAUUGCUAUGGUUAUCAAACUAUAAGUUCGUAAAUUAAAAUAAUUUUUAUAUGUUACGUGGUAUGACUUGCAUCUAUUAAGUGUGGCAGCUAGUAAGCUAAUUUAUGUGAAGGGAAAGUUCAUAAUCUACAUAUUAUAUUAAUUAUUUAAGUUUAUUUCGAAACAUAUACUAUUAUACUUAUAUAGGUAAUAUAAUAAAUAUGUAUUGAUACUGAAAACUACUAACUUAUUUACUUCAAGUGAUGUUUAAAUGUUUAUGAAAUAUACAAUUUUUAAAAUAAAUUUUAUUAAUUUCUAGGGAAAAAUGAAAUAUUUCACUUAUUUGAAUAUUUGUCCUUCAUACCUAAUUUAAUUUAAAUUUAUCAUUUAUCAUAUUUUCUUCAAUCGUUCUAAAUAUAAAAUAAAUAGCUAUUAAACGAUUCAGAACGUUGUAGUUUUCUGCCGGAUGAUUGCUUUUCGAUUGGGUAAUGAGAAACAGUAAUAAUUCAAUUUUUUUUUUUUAUUAUUCUUUUAGCGAGUUUAUUUUAAGAAAAAAAAAUGUAAAAUCAUAAUGUACAUUAAUUAAAUUAAAUUCCAAGAAUUUAAAUAAGUUUUUAAAAUUAAAAUUAAGUGAGCAAGUGUGCGAAUUUUAUUCCAGCUUAUUGACCUAAAACGUCAUAUCCGUCCAUAAGAACGGCCGCAUACUUCCUCUUAAAUGUGCACCGGGCAGAAGAUUAAUUGAAAAAUCUUCUUAUUAAGAUCAGAAUCGUAAAACUAAUAUUUUAUACGAUUUUGUAAAAUAAUUCCCUACAACUAUUUCAAACCCAAUAAUAACGUAUUAAUUUGUUUAUAUUUAUGUGUUAAUAUAAUUUAAUUUAAUUAGGUAUAACUACUAAAACAUUUUAUAUUAUAUAUGCACGUGUACACGAACUUACAAUAGAAUAUUUUAAAAUAUUGUACAUGAUCACCUACACACACACACACACACACACACACACACACACACACACACAAACACACACGCGAAUGAGUGCUCACGCAAGUACCCACAUAUUUUAUUUUUAUCGACACGUGUCUUCGGAUACAUAUAUUAUACAGGUAUAGAGCGUGCAUACUGUUUUUAUAUCGAUUCUUCGACCCCUGUUUGGUGAAAACCUGUCAAAAAUCGUCUCCGGGUAAUAUUAUAAUAUUUUAUGUGUACAAAAAGCUUAGAACCUAUAUAAUAUAUCGCACGAUCCAUUUGUAGUUGACAAGGCGCUCCUAUAAUAAUAAUAAUAAUAAUAAUAAUAUAAUGUUUGCUUUGUGACCGGUAUGAACAAUGUGCGUGUGUGUGUGCAUGUGUACGACGCGGAUGGGAAGGGGGAGUUACCGCCAUUAAAAUACACAUCGUCCGUGGCGUAUUACGUCCUGUCGUUAAAAUAUUACAAUAAUUGGGACCUACCGAAUAUUAUAUUAUUUAACGAAAUAUAAGGUAAACACUCAUAUAAUAUAUUACUAUUAUUGCUCCAAAGUGCAGUUAUACCGGAGUUAAGUACCUGUAUAGUUUAAAUAAUAUAUGCAUAUAUGAGACCGGAUUUUUACGCGUUUAAAAUGCUAAGAUUAUAAUAAUACAUAAGAUCUUUUAAUGCUCUAUAGUCUCUGUUAUCAUUAUAGUACCUCUAUUAUAAUAUCAAGUAUUUACUUUAAUUUAAAAAAAUAAUAAUAAUACAUAAUAACAUUUUUAAAAGUAAACAAAAAAAAAAAGUUUAAAUUAUGUGCAUAUAGAAUAGUAAUAAUAAAAUUAUGAAAUAAAACUUUCUACUUUUUCUAUAAUAUGGUUUUUAGUAAAAUAUACAUAUUAUAUAGGUACUCAGAGUAUAGUUGUAGUUUUUAAUUGAAUGGUUAACUUUUUCGUUCAAAAUACGGUCACCGGAGUCAAAUCAGCUGAUAAUUGAUGACAGUCGUAAUUUUGUUUUCCAUAGAUCAAUACGUGUUUUGAAAAAUUCCCUAAAAUCUUAAUUUAUUCUUAAAAAAAAUUAUCAUAUUAUGUUCUUUGAAAUACAGUAACAAUUUUCGUAAAUCCAGUUUAUUGACAAAUGAUAAAAUUAGAAAACUUACCUAAUUAGAGCUGCUUAUAGAGUUACUUAUUAUAAUAUUUAUUACAUUAUCAAAAAAUUAUAAUGACUGUGCAAAUGUAACGGAUUGAGACACUGAAAAUGACAGAAUUAGGCGAAAAUUAUUGAGUAUUGAUAAAUUAAAAUCAACGCCAAAAAAAUUCAAAGUAUUAUAUUUAAACACGGCGUCGUUUAACAGGAAUAUCAUAAUGUAAAAAUGUGCACACAAAAUCCAUUUUCCGUUUCAAUCGUUAGGUUUUGAUCAUUAUUCCAGUAACAUGACGAUUAUUAACACAUUUAUUUAGGUACGCUAUUAUAGCUGCCAAUCAUUUUGAUCGGGUGUGAAUAUAAAUAAUAAUCUGCCAAAGGGUAUAAACGCGAUAUAAACGUUAUAUAUAUACAUAAGCGAUGUUAUGAAAUAUUCAUGAGCUAAUAAACGAGCAUCUUACAAGGUGAUCAUGGUUGAAAGGGGCGUCGCAGGGAACAUUCGAGACCCUUAUAGUGCACACACCGCGGCCGAGGUGUAUAUACGAACGUAAUGAAUUCCCAAUGAGCAUCUUGUUUUUAGUCACCGAAAGUCGUUGACCUUCUUAUGCAUAUAUAUAUAUGUAUACAACCACCAUGCCAAAAAUUCAAAUUUAUAACAGUAGUAAUAUAUUACGUGGUUUUUUUGCAGUAUCCAGAUUGAUGGGCUCGUCGAACACCUCGAUGAACGGCAUGACAAAUAUGGGAUGCGAUACCAAGCCGCCUCUACAGUUUCCGCUCACCCAGAGACGAAAACGCAGGGUGUUGUUCACUCAGGCUCAAGUGCGUAUCAAUAUAUACAGCUAUAUUAUGUUACACUGACAUUUUAAAUACGUUUCGAUAUCCGUAUACAUUUUAAUAAAAAAUUAUGCUGCGGGUAUAUAAUACUAUUUGCUGUUUCUUGCCUCUUUUAAUUAUAAUAUAAUAUGCACUUAUAAACAGGUAGCACGCAGAUACUCGGUAGUGUUAUUUACGCGAGGAUACUAGAAUAAUGACUAGGUAUAGAAAUGUGUAAUACAGUAGGUAACCGAUAUUUGACGGACUUGAACACAAUUUUUCCAUUUUUACGUUGUAUUCAAUUUUAAUUUUAAACAUAUUAUAUCUCUGGCACCAGGUAAAAAGGUCAAUUAAAUCAUUUGCAUUAAAAAAAAAAUAUAUAUAUAUAUACUCGUACAUGGAGACAAAUGGCGGAAAACAAUAGAAAAUUAUAAAAAUAAAUUUCGAAAACCGUCCCGCUCCUUUGAGACCGAAGAUCAUGAUGUUAUGUUCCCUGCAACGCCGCUACACCGAAAUUCGACGCGGAACACAAUUAACUAAUUAAUUGAAUAUUUCAAUUUAACAUCACUAUUGUUAUUUUAAUAACGCUAUAUUUUGAACGCGCAAACGUACGCAUCGCUGUUUUUUUUUUCCAUAUUUAAGUGCCGUUCACCUCUAUAUAAUAUUAUCCUGAAACCCAAAACCGUAUUUACUAUUCAAGUUCAUAUAUGCGUUAUAUAUAUGGGUGUUUACAGCGCACUUAAACUGUCUCAAAAUCCACAUUUCUCGUAUGUCGUAUAUAUAUAUAAAAAUGUAAACACAAUCAGGCGUCACGUCAAAUCCACGAAGGCAUCGUUUUGACACGAACACAUCCGUCCCAUUUGUACAUUGUCCAAAUAUUAUAUCCUUCCCCUCCGACUUAUGCGUAUACGUAUAAUAUUACGCGUUCCCUUUCUAUAAAAUCUAUGUAAUAUUAAAUACCAUCUUUUAGAAUAACAAUAUGCGCUUUAACCUCGGAAUAUUAUAUCUGUGAGCCUGUGGCAAACCAAUGUCGAAGAAAAAAAAAUUAAAUAAUAAUACGUAUAUUACAAUAAUUCUAAAUUUAAUAGGUGAUUCUAAUUUUACGUUAAGUUUAUGGAAAUAAAUUACUUUUUUACAACUUCCAAUUUACAAUUUAUUUUGUUUAAAUUUGCUUUUCUUGUACUAAGCCACAAAUAAAUAUUAUACAUUAUACCAUUAUUAUGAUAUAUACUUAAUAUUUGUAUAAUUUCAUCAGGUUUAUGAAUUGGAACGGAGGUUCAAACAGCAGAAAUAUUUAUCGGCGCCAGAACGAGAACAUUUGGCUAGUGUAAUCCAUUUAACUCCAACGCAGGUAACGAUAAUUACAUUUUAUUUCAAUUAUUUACAACGUUUCGGGUAUUUUUAUUUUCGCCCAAAUUUAUUGUAUAAUAAUAUUAUAGUUUGUCAUGCAUAAAAACGAUUUUUUUUUUUUUUAAUGUAUCUUUCGCGAUCUUGAAGUUCUAAAUCGUGUGAUUUUAAUCCAAAAAAAAAAAAAUAUAUAUAUUGAACGUUAAAUCAUCAAUGAUCAAGAAAAAGUAAGACGGAGUCCCUAGUACCUAGUUUUUCAGAAAUUUAACUAUACUUUUAGGUGCUACUAUUUGUUUUAAUUGGAACGCAUGAGCUGGUAUUUAUUUUUUUUUGAUUAUCAAAACGCAUAUUUUCAUUAAAAUUUGAACUUUAAAAGUUUAACUGCUUAUAAAAGAAAACAAUUACUUCAUUAAGCUCAACUUUUGUUUACCUGAUAACUGCAACUCAUGAUAAACCUUAUGUUAAAUUUUCGAGUAUUUUCUGUGUGCUAAAACAAUUCUAUCCACAACAAACCGAAUAAAAACUAAAAAAACUCGUAAAUUUCAAAUGGUUAUAAUUAAAAAAUCGACAGAAUUAUGUUUUGAAGAUUAUACCGGUAUUAUGUAAAUAUUACAGUUUUUCCAGUGUCUUUUCUCAAUUUUUAAUUUUUCUUAUUAUUAAAAAAAUUGCAAAGAAAAUCAAAACAAUGAUUUUCCAAUGCACUAAAUAAACAAAAUUGUUCACCGGAAACCACCUCUACAAUUUGAUGAUUGGAUCAAUAUUUCUGAGGAUGGAAAAGUUGUUUACAAACUGAAUAGUCGGCGUGGUAAAGCCAAUCACUGGUUAAGUUGAGUGAAAUAAUUUCAAGCAUUACGGCCACACUAUAUGAGCUUUUAUAUGAGAAUUUGAAAUAUCCGAAGAGAACAUUUAAAAUGUAUUAUUUGGCAUCGGCAUUACAAAAAGACGUUUAGAUUUUGAUUGUGUUAUAAUUUUAAAAAAGAAAUUAUUUGAAUUCUAUUUGUAUUAUGAUUUCUUUUAUUGAAAAUAAAGUUUUCUUAAGAGGGCUUGAAAAUAUUUGGACAGGAGAAAACUACUCGGGUCGUAUGCACAUUCGUUAUUUUCGCGAUAAAAAUAUACUGAAUCGGACUACGAAAUUGUCCUACCCCCUCUCCCUUAGGAUACGAAUAACCACAGCCGAAUAAGCGCCGAGACAGAAAUAUAUCGUGUGAACGUAUUGUGUUCCUCCGAGUAUUUAAGGGACGGCGACGCGUUCACUUCACUGCACGGGCAAAACAUUGCGAUUAUUUUUUACACCGUUACCGUCCUGCGGUUAACAAUAAUAAUCAGUGAAAAUUGCGUGUCUCCUAUUGUAAUACAAUCUAUUGUGCAUUUGUCCCGGAUUUGUCGGAAAACGGGACGUCGCCGUUUUUCCAGACUAUAAAGUGGCCGGCGGGGGGAGUGGGUGGAGGGUGGUGGUGAAGGUGGCGGUAAAGAGGUGUGUGUGUGUGUAUGGGGGGAGGGGGGAAACACGUCGUCGAAAAAGCGGACUUUGCAGUUCUUACAGGCCCCGUGCGUGUAAAACGCGUUUGUAGUAUCCAAUAUACGGCCGCCCCCCCACACAUACACGUAUUGUCAGACGGUAUUACAAUACGACGGCGUAUUGUUAACGGUGACAAUUUACACCGUUCGCUCGUCGACUCGAGUGCCGCGUACCGCCGCGGCGUUUAUCAUUACGUACAGUUCGGCAACGGGCGGCGAGAUUAUCGCGGCUCAAGCGAUGAGCCCAUCGAAACGGAUGAUCCCCCGGCUUAAGCGUUCGUCCGCAGCGUGCGCGCGCGGUUAAUGAGGCUUAAACAUUUUCCGGGGUUACGCGUGCGUCGGUCCCACCGUUCGCGCCGUCGCCGCCGCCACCGCAGACCCGCCGCCGCCGCCGCCGCCGGCACAAUGCGGAUACCCGUCGCGUAGUCUGUGCGUGCCGGCCGCGCCGAUUUUCUCUCUGCCGCCGCCCACGUUUACCCACGCGCGGAGAGUCGGUACCGCGAGCGCUCCGCCGCCAUCGUCGAAUAUCCGACCGCCGAGGGCGGGGGCGGGAGGGGGGGGGGGUUGUGUGUGUGUAAGGGGAGGCUUUUAUACAUUAUUAUUGUUAUUUAUUUUGCUAUUUUUUUUUUUUUUUUUUUUUUUUUUUUUUUAUCGUACCGCUUAUCGUUCGGUCGGUACGCGUUAUAUUAUAUAUUGCGGAACUGCUGCAACGGCGCGGCGCGGCGGCGGUGUGCUCCAGCAUAUAAUAAUAAUAAUAAUAAUGCGCACAGACGCCGGAAAACGGGCUACGCGCCCGCGCGCCCGUGUGCGUGUGCGUAUGUAUGAAAAUCGGUGAUGACGGCGGCGGUGCCGCGCGCUGCUGCGGCUACCGCGCGUUUCUGUCGGGGGCACAAAAGCGUUCUCAUUGUGAGCCCUCCGAAAAAUGUCUGAAGUGGCGGGUGAGCGAGAGAGUAUAUACCCGGCACUCGAGAUGAUCGGUAUACGUACACUCGCGCGCACACAAACACACGCACACACACACUAGCGCGCGCGCGUACGCUCACAAUAAUAUACCCGGUGCGCGCGACGGCGGCGGCAGAACAAUGGCCGACAGAUUGUGCUUGGUACGCGCGGCGUAUACCGGGGCGCCAGAUGUUGCGGCAAAGAGCCCCGCGCGCGCGUAUACGUGUAUGCAUAAUGUUAUACGAAUAUAAUCGCUGCCGCGACUACCGUUUUUAUAUAUACGUUUAUUAUUAUUUUUUUUUUUUCUUCUAUUAUUAUUAUUUAUUUAUUUCGCCGUACCGUUUUAUUGUGUGCGCGCGACGACGACGGGGACCCGGCCGCCGGACCCCUCGCGCCCAAAAUGCCGGUCGAGUGGGUCCCCGCGGCCGUAAAAACGGGGCCCCCAGCCCCCGGCAACAAUAACGAUAAAUAUACGCGAGGCGGCCGUAUUAUUAUUAUUAUUAUUAUUAUUAUUAUUGUCGCGUUUACGCGCGCGCGGUGCGCAGUGGCGGCGGAAACGACGGGCAUUGGUGGGCCCGAAUGUCGCGUACGCCUAUAUAUUAUGUAAAAAUACGUGUCGUAUACGUAUUCGCGUAUUUUUUCCGUAAUAUUUCAUUUUCGACAGUAGUUGAACCCGCGGAGUUUUCUUAAUAAUUGGACGAAAAAGUCGGUGGAACGGGAAAGUUUGAGAUGUAAUUCGGUCGAAAGUAAUCGUAAAGACCAGAAAUGUUCGCACAAUACUUUUACGGUUAUAGCUCCGAUUACGUGACGGUCUGUUAACGCUCUGGUUUUUCAGAUAGCGCGGUAACGGUCCGUUAUCACGAUAUAAAUGUUACGAUGCUCGGUCUGCGUUAGUUAUAGUAACACACCGUUUUGUUUGAUAAUAUUUGUUCACGUGACUAUUAAACACGUGACUCGUGUUCGUUUUGGGUUUUUAUUGGUACUUAUUUAUUGUUUGACGUUGCUUCAAGCCUUCAAUAAUGGACGCACAUAAAAGUUGAACGAAAUCAUCAUUUUCUACUUUAUUUUCAUCGUCAGUAUCGGAAUACUGUCUUCAAAACCCGUAAUGUCUAAAUGGCCCACAUCCAUAGUAAUUAUACUAAUAGUAUUAGGUAUAGCCAAGAGUGUAAAAUAAUUAUUCACUUCGCACGCCAAUAUAAAAUAUUUUCAAAGAUCGAUAGCCAUUACGAAUGUUUUAUCGCUGUUUUGAUAAGAAAGCAUCAUAGCAAAAUGAAGAUAAUAACACAGAACACUAAUAUUCAACAACCAACCGGAUGCUUUAACGCUCCGUCAUAUUUUAUAACCAGCCAAUAUUGGUCGGUAACCGACCGACGCACAACGAUCGGAGUUUGUAAUGCUGACUUUUCCUUCUUACGGACGGUUAAAUGCUUAUCGACGCGUAACCGACAAUUGUAAUACCGCCCCUUAGCCUUUUCUAGACGUGGUCAAAUUUUAAAGACAUUCUGACGAUAAUUGAGUUAUUUAUAGACAUUUGGAAUUGUUUUUUUUUUUUUUAAUUGGUGAAGUCUGUAUAGGAUUAUUUAGCCAAACUGAAAUGCUUUAAAAUUUCACAUGAAAAGAAAAAGAAAAGUUGAACGUGUAAUGUGUUGAUUUUUUUUUUAUAAGCGUUUUAAGAUUAAAUUUCGACGAAAAUUGUAAAAAUGUAUUUUUAAGAAUUUCGCUUUGGAUCGUUUUUCGUUAGUAACGGUUUAUCGUUGCGAAACAUUGUAAUAAAAUAUCAAAAAAAUUAACUAAUCGUUUAUUAGUUUUGUCGAAUAAAGCUUGUUGAACAGCCAACUCAGAAGUCUAAGUUUUCAAGUUUGAGUAUGAUACCCCCCUCUAAUGCACCUCCCUAUCUCCGCCCCUGAAUUGGCAUUAUGAAUAUAAUAUUAUAUGAAGGAUCAAAAAGCUAUCUUAAUGUUUUAACUAAACAAAACGGUUUUAAAUGUUUUUUUUUUUUAUACUUUCUCAUCAACUAUCUAAAUUUUUCAGUUCAAACAAACUGCAGUUAUAGACAUACACGCGAAGAGGAUAAUAGUAGAACAGCACUUUUCAUCUAAAUUAAAUUGGUCGAAUUGUAUUUGGAUUCAGUAAAAAAAGUAAUAAUUGUCUAACUGCAUUAUAUCGGGUCAAAAAGAAGCAACGGUGGGAUAAUUAUUAGAGGAGAGCACGAAAAACGAUUUAUUUAUUUAUUAAACGAGGAAAUAAGUAUUUUCAAAACGUUUAAAUUAAGUCAUUUUUUUUUUAUAAAUAUUUUCAAUAAACCCAAAUUUUUCAAAUCCAAAUUCGACCUUACGCGCGUCAGCGGCGUCGUAAUUACGAAUAUCGUCGGCUUCCCAGCAAAACGUCGUAGAAUUCGAAUUUUUUUUUCGUUUAACUUCUGCCAUAAUUAUUCACUUCUUCCGUACAAUUUUGUAAAAAUCAACAGACGACGUUUUAUACGUGUAGCCGACGAUAUAUUGUUAAAUAUUCUCGGAAUUUAUGCAGUGCCGGCGCUAGGGGAUGACAAAUGGGACAUAAGUCCGAGGUCCCGCGCUCGUUUUGGUUUUAAUGGGCCCCACGGAUAAUUAUUAUACAGGUAUAAAAUCAUUAGCUACACUAUAAAGCAUUGUCCAGGGUCUCGCAAAACUCAGCGCGCCCACUGAAUGUAUGUACAAUAUCAUCGUAUAAUAUUCCCUUGGAACGAGUAUAAUAUUUGUUUAAACGUUUAUUAAAUUCAAUAUACUUGGGUUGCGAACUAAUAAACAUGCACUGAUCGUUUGCGAAACGCUCCGCAAUUGCGUGUGUCGUGCGCAUUGCCGGCGCCGAAAAUUAUGGCCGUAUUUUAUUUUUUAUUUUUUUCACUUCGUUCGCUACGCCGUUAAUUUCGAUACACGUGCACUCAAUUGAACGGAAACCGACGGGCGAAAUUCACGUCCCGUUUAUCGUCGUUUAUACAGUUUAUUUCGCAAUUUACCCGAACGCCUAUGCCUUUAAGUGACCGACAUACUAUUAUGCCGUAACGUUGUGGGCGCCUCUUAUUGGUGCGUAACUGGCUAUUUCCCUACACGCGUAAAUUAUGACGUUUAACCGGUCUGCGGUAGACGCGCGCGUAUAUUGUCACUUGAUUUAAAAAAAAAGAAAAAAAAAAUAAACCCCCGACGACAAAUGUCUACGUAUACACGUACGCGUGUCGUCCACGAACGCGAUAAUACGUGCGUACGUACGAGCGAAUAUAAACACGCGGCGGUUAUUAAAAUCUACGCGCGCAUACGUGUACAGUUAUAUUGUUUUAACGGCACGCGCGCGCCGAGUGGAAACCGGUGAAAAUAACGUAAUACUCGCGGUAUACUAAUCGCCGUUGUUAUGAUAUUAUACGAGUUUUUUUGUGAGAAGAAAAAAAAAGAAAAAAAAAGAAAGGCUUAAGGCGUCGGGACGAAAACGAAAAAGAAACCCCCACCCGCGGGCGAGAAUUGAAAAAAAAAUCGUUUAAUUGCCAUUGUCGGCGGAAACCUAUACGUAUACACACACGCGCGCGCGCGCGCGAGCUGCAGCGCAACGUACCCACGUGAAUGAUACCGACGCCGCGGUGUCGUUUACGCUUAUAUUUAUUAUAUAAUAUUGUACACGUACUAUAGGUAUAUAUGGACAAGUAGCCGAGUAGAAACCGAGUACUUUUGAAAAGUGAAGUGAAUUUAUGUAGGAAUUAUUCACAGAUACUCGUGGCGGCUUCAAGUAUGCCGCGGCGGCGGCGGCGGCGGCGGCGGCGGAUCCCGUUCGGCGUUCGGUCAAAAGAGUUAGUCUUUAAACCGUUAUCCAAAAGCCGCGUAGAGUGCACUCGGUUCGCGAGCACUUUUAAAAACACCUCUUCAACUUUAUUUCCACUUCGUUCCCAUUCACUGUCAAUAUUAAUGUUGGUCAUCUUUUGACUUUCAACAACUGUAUUAUAAUAAAAUAUAGGUAUAUAUAAUAAGCAUAUAAUAUAACGCCGCGACUUAAACGCUGCUCGUUCGUACAGUAUAAUAUCGUAUACCUGGGUAUACCCAUAGUAUAUCCGUUUGUUUCGUUUCCUUUACCCCCUCCCCCCCCCCGUCACUUCGGCCGAUUAUUAUUACAUUACGCCCACCUAAUAUUGUAUACAGGCGCACAGCGCGAUCACGUCUCGACAAGACAUCCGUUGUCUGGGACGGUAUAUUUUUGUUCGGGUAUUAGUUUUAUGCCGCGCCCCUCAUUUUUAGCGGUGAAAUCGCCCAUACGAGAUUUUGAUUCGCCGACCUAUGCCAUUAUUAAAAUCCACAAACGGAUGGGACUGGACGUGGGAGAAGUCGGGUAGCGGAGUGUCAUUUUCGUGCCGGCGGGACGCGCGGUGUUCGAGUAAUGUUCCGUUCCCCUCGAAAAUAACGGUAAUGCAAACGUUUCAAAGUCGCACGUUUCUUAAACGUUCUGAAAAUCGGAUUCCGAAAAAGUUCCCGCGAUACCCUUUAAUAUACAUGUACUACUCGUGCGAACGCUGACAACAUUUAAUACUGAAAACGGGACCGUCGCGUCGUAUCCGUAUCACGUCCGAUGCCCUUGCGGCAGCGCGACCGCACGUUUCGAUGGAUUUUGCGCACGAGCGAAGGAGGGGAGAAGUGUCCGAUUUCCGCAAACAACCGGCAGCGGUGUAGGUGCAUACAUGUGCGCGUGUUUUUUUUUUUUUUGUAUUUUUAAGUGGAGAUCACCGCGCUCCCAUCUGAUCGCCGUACCGCAGCUUUCGUACAACCUUAUUGGUACUUAUACAACACGAUAUGUUGAAAAUAUGAAUAUCAACGACUAUAUAAUAUUAUAGCGAUCCCGCACAGCGAGUCCUGCUUGAACUCCCGACACCGUGAAUUCCCCCCUUACACUACCAAAAUACGUCACUUACCGAAAACCCGGAAACACGUGUCGAGGAUUUGUUUCCGCGUGUCGGAUAAUUGUCUGACGCAGCGUUUGUAGAGAAUAACAUUAUGACGUGUUCUGGUGACGCGGUUUUCAGCAAUCGAUUGCAUUUACUGAUUUAGCGAACGAAUUGUUUUUGACGAUAUUGUUUAACAUAACCAAAGGCAUUUUUCGACAACCGGGUUGCCGAAAUCGGCGAACAAUUAAAAACUGCGUUUUACAUAUUUAUAGGCUUCGGUUACUGGUUAUUCAUCGGUCAAAUAUUGUAUAGUAAACAAAACGUUUAGGCGAUAUUCUAAUCGAAUAGUAAACAACAGCAAAGAACAGCGCAGACAACUGUUUACCGAAAACUGCACAGCCAAAACACACAUAAUUACCGAAAACAUAAUUAUUUGGUGUGUCAUGAACUAUACGCCUUGACGCCUAAGAGUUCACAAAAAAAAUUAAAAAAAUACUACCCAAGACGAACCGCACAACGAAUGUGAGAGCUACAUAAAUAAAUAAAUUAAAAUAGGACAAUUUUUAAACAAUAUAGUAAAGUGUAUGAAUAAAUAGAAUGAACAAUAAUUUAUUUUACCUACCUGCUACUUUGUACGUACUUGUUUGUUAUUUUGUUAAUUUUGAUUGCUAAUAUUAUUGUUUUUUUGUUUUUAACCUAUUUUAUAAAUGUAACUUGUUGACGAUAGUGAUUUGUUAAAACUAUACAAACAUUGUGAAUAUUUUAGGACCCCUCGAAAUAAACAUUUUGACGAGUACCAGUAUUCCGCGUUUUUUAUGUUUCCUUUUUUUUUUUUUUUUGUUAUAAAUUCUAUGGACCGUACCAAUAUUCCGACAGUCUAAUUAUUUAUUUUCAAAUUGUGUUACGUCGAGCAUACUAUAAACGCGUGCCUAUUAUAUUUCGCAGGUAAAAAUAUGGUUCCAAAAUCACAGAUACAAGUGUAAACGUCAAGCGAAAGAAAAAGCUAUGGCCGAACAGAACGCCCAGAAUCAGGUAAGAAUAUACGUCACGACAACGCAUUACAAUAUAUGGCGUACACGUAACUAUCGUAUGGGAAGGGGACGGGUAGGGGGUCAGCGGCAAAAUUUUCCUUGUAAAAAAAAUAUUCUUAAAUCUACACGAAACAUUUGCGAUACACGUGUAUCGCUGGACCUGAACAUACUAUACAAGUUGAAUCGCUUGUGUUUCAGAAACGCCCUCCCUCUAACGGCAAUACGAUAAAAUAUGUGUACUUAAUAAUCGUGUAUCGUAUUACCAUUAGACACGUAUAUGAUGUAUGAAAUCCGACAGGCGACUUAUUACCGAGUUUUCGUGUCUGUCCGCAGGCCCAGAGUUCGCCGAGACGAGUGGCCGUACCCGUUUUGGUGAAAGACGGUAAGCCGUGCUCGGGAGCUUCGGACACGUCGGGCCAACAGCCGGCGCCGGGCGGCAACAACUGCAACGGCCACAGUCCGGCCAUGCACCACGGCGGUCACGUGCCCGUGCCCGUCCAUCCGCACCACCACGGUCACCAUCACCAUCACGGAUCGCCCAACGUGGGGCACCACCAGCAACAGCACCAACCGCCGCAGCACCAGUUGCUCGCCAACACCGCGAUGCCGUACCCGAGACAAAACGUGGUGGGUCAACAUCACCACCAGCAGCAAAACAUGUCCUAUUUAUCCAUUCAAGGACGUGCGUGGUGAACCGUGGCCGACGGCGUUCGGUUUGUUACCCGACUCGAGCAAAUAUUAUACUUAGCGCGUAGACUUUCGGAGUUUGAUUUUUUAUACUGUAGCAUUAUUUUUUUUUUUUUAUACAUAUAUGUACAUUCAUUAUUACACAAUACAGAAUAUUCCGAACAGUGCCGGAAUAAUCGUGGAGUUAUGAUUAUGGAGUUGAGGUGUGAUAGUUUGCGUUACACGUUUCUACAAUAGUAUAUGUCAUUUUAAAAUUACGCAUAGUCGGGAUCGAAUUUAGGGUUUUGGGGUCCUACAGGUAACUAUAGAUAAGUUUAAAUAAAAAAAAAAAAAAAAAAAAAAUUAAAAAUCAAAAUGUGUAGGUAUAUUUAAAUAGCGAAAGUAUUUGCUUCGUGGAGAUUCCACAUAAAUUGAAUUUCGCCGUGAGCCUCUGGGCGUGGAUCCCUUGACCUACCCUUAGAUCUGGUCUUUUAGAUAGUAUAAAACCCCUGUGAAACUAAAUACGUAUAAUUACAUAUUAUCGUGCGUUACGGACAAACGAGCCAUAUACACACAUACAAUACGGUAUUUUAAACCAAACGCAUUAUUAUUAUAACACACUAAAAGUCGUGGUAAAAUAUUUUAGUGAAAUAUUAGGAAAAUGCAUUGUGCCCAAAGCCCCGUGUACACAAAUAUUAUAUUAUAUUAUUUGUAUUUUUGUAAUUUCGAGCUCUUGCGAAGUUAAUUCAAUUUUAGGUACCUUUAGUUUAUUAUAAUAUAAGUAUUUACACACGGUUUCGCGUUACGUAUUUAAACGUGUUAUACAUUACAAACGUCUUUAUCUCUGUGUACCUACACUGUCUUCGUUAUUAACGUCAUAACAUGUAGGUUCUCCAAUCGAGAAUAUUAUUUAUCUUUAUGUAUAGUUACUAUUUAGUCGCGCGAAAACAUUUCUCAAUAAUAUUAUAUUACAUUAUAGAAAAAAAAAAAAAAAAUUCCAUUAUUAUUAGCCGUUUAUCAUCAUAGUCAGAUGUCUUACGAGAUUAUAAUACGUGUACAAUUUUAUUUUUUAAUAAUAUACAUACAUACGCCUGUGAUAGUUUUAUUAUUUUCACGUUGUUUACGUUGUGUAUAUUUAAUAUUGACAUGAAAUUCGAUAUGAAUAUAAUUAUUGUCGUUGUACGUUAUGCCGUAUUAUAAGUUUUAAAGCACCGCACCACCUGCGAAUUUUCUACUGUAUAUAAUAUCAUUAUGAAUUGCGUAAAAUGUUAAGAGCAUCGCAACUAUAGACCGUUUCCAAUGUUUCCAUAGUGUAUUUAUGCCCGUUAAAUACUAUAAUAAAUACGUAUAGGUAUAUACGAAGAAGAAUGUAGUCGAAUAGUAUAUGUUAUCUGUAUUAUGGCAGUGGCGGCGUCGUGAAGUUUUUUUUUUUUCCCCUCCCCCGCACCUUUUCAGUAUGAAAUCGCGAAAAUCCUCGAACGCGAACCCAAGCCCGGGACCAUUAGCUGAAUUCCGGUACUUCGCCGUAUCCGCAAAAAUGCGCGUACAUCCCGCGGUGAUAGAGCGCCGCACGUACGUCCAAUUCGGUCGCGUUUCAUACGUUAUAGCAUGACGCCCGUGCAUGCCGCCACUGAUUGUACAUAUAUAAAACACCGAUGGCAAAAACCGAAGUGUACAUAUUAUAACAAUUUUAGACUAUAAAUCAUGUGCCGCUUAUUAUAAAUAGGUUAGUCUUUUGAUUCGUGUGCAUACAUAUGGCCUAUAUGGUAUGUGCAUGCAUAUAUAUUAUAUAUUCGAAUAUAAAUUCCAACCGUGUGGGCGGUUUUAGUGUAUUCCAGAUGUGUACAUAACAUACGAUUGUACAUAGAUUGUUACGUGGGGCUGUACGUAUAAAUAUAAAAAAUAAUAAUAAUAAUACGAAUCCGCGUACGCGAAAAACGAAGACAACUGCAACGGUACGGUGUAUAUAUACUAUCCGUGUUGCAAUGGCUAAAGGGCCAUUGUUUAAGCGCGUGAUUCCGGCGUGCGCAUGCGUAUAAAAUGGUAUUAACCGAUUAAACGGUUAAGUUUAAUCCGCGUACCUUCACGGCGGUGAUGAGUUAUGGGUAAGGUUAGGUAUUCUACAAACGUCGCGGGAUCGUUUAUCUGUAGACACGUUUAUUAUAAGAGGUAGUAUUAUAUUAUUGCGUAGUGUGUUACUCGCGCGUGCUUUUUCCGUCAGGACCGAUUUCGCGCUGUCAGUGUUGCAAACCGUUUUGAUUAUUAGUGCGAAUUGACAUUAUUAUUAAAAAAAAAAAAAAAAAAAUUAACCGUAAGAAAACAAAAUUAUGCUGCAUCUGUGUUUGUACACGUCGAUUUCCAAGCGAGACGCAACGUCCAUACGCAUCAAUUGCAUCUCGCAAAAAAUUAAAACUAAAAAACUCGCCGACAAUAUUGUAAUAAUUAUGUUCUCGUCGUUUAAGUUUGGAUUACGGGUCAAUUAUUCACGUUGUAAAAUAUUUGAAAACGAUUAUAAACUGCGUAAAAUCGGUUCGGUCGAACGCUGGAAAUUUGCCGCGUCGUACGUUUUUGUUACUACGAGAGACGAAGACCGCACGCGCGCGCACGUUGCCCAUUACAAUAAAUUACACGUCGUUUUUUUUUCAUUAAAAUAUUAUGUUUAUAACUCAUGACUUUUUAUAAGUAUACAUGUAUAUAAGUAUAAUACAUAUAUUAUAAUCAUCACGGUAAUAACAAUAUAUUUUAGAUGUGUGUCCGCGAAACGCUACAGCAGUAUUAAAAAAAAAUGUGCAAAUUAACGUUUUGUUUAUAUAUAAUUGUAUACCUACUUAGCUGCUAUAAAUUGCACGAUUGUAAUUAUUUUGUAAAAUAAAAUUAUUAAAUACUUCUAUAAUAUUACAGUAAUUAUGCCGG